UUCAUGUACUUUAUGCCGACGCGGCGUUCGUCCAACGUGGGCUAUCUAGCCGAGCAAGGUUCUGCAUGCAGUUUGCUUCCUAUUAAAUAUUUUUCAAACUAUUGCAUGGAACCAUUGACAUUGUCCUUGGGCUUCUGUUUGUCGUAGGACUUAGUGGGGAUACAUGUACAUGUAUAUCGAUCUACAUGUAGACCAGGCCUAGCUGGCCAAGGAGAGCACACCACCUUCGGUGAUCUGAAGAGGUGAUUUGGUUUGGUUUAUAGCUCCAUGGUUUGAGGGCGUGUCUGCAAAAGAUGCCGGAGGAGGCCAUCAACACAACCCUGGUGGCUUGGGACUAUGUGGCCAUCGCUACCUACUUUGUCUUGGUCCUGUGCGUGGGAUUGUUUUCAUUAUGCCGCUCCAAUCGUGGGACAGUGAGUGGUUACUUUUUGGCCGGCCGCUACAUGACUUGGUUGCCGGUUGGAGCUUCUCUCUUUGCGAGCAACAUCGGCAGCGAGCACUUUGUGGGCCUGGCAGGGUCUGGUGCUGCAGGUGGCAUUGGGGUUGGUGCUUUUGAGCUCAAUGUUUACACCUUACCAGAGUACAUGAGGAAGCGUUUUGGAGGGCAGAGGAUCCGUGUCUACCUGGCCAUGCUCUCCCUCGUCUUGUACAUCUUCACCAAGAUUUCGGUCAAUCUGUUUUCGGGAGCCCUGUUCCUCCAGCAGGCCCUCAACUGGAACAUCUACCUGGCUGUGGGCCUCUUGCUGCUCUUGACAGCCAUCUGCACGGUUACUGGCGGGCUUGCAGCCGUCAUCUACACGGACACACUGCAGUUCUUCAUCAUGCUGUUUGGAGCUUGCAUGUUGAUGAUCUUGAGUUUUAUCAAGAUUGGCGGCUAUGGAGCCCUUAAGGAAGAAUACAUGCGAGCCAUUCCCAAUGAAACGUUGUAUGGCAAUAGCUCCUGCGGAAUCCCCAGGGAGGAUUCUUGGCAGAUGCUGCGGGACCCCAUCAACUCUGACAUGCCCUGGGCGGGCUUCCUAUUCGGCCAAACGCCCGCCUCCAUUUGGUACUGGUGUGCAGACCAGAUGAUGGUUCAGAGGGCACUGUCAGCAAAGAGCCUGUCCCAUGCCCAAGGUGGAUGCCUGAUGGCCGGCUACAUCAAGUUCCUCCCUCUCUUUCUCAUGGUCCUACCGGGCAUGAUCAGCCGGGUGCUCUUCACCGAUGAAGUUGCCUGUGCAUCUGAGGAGACAUGCAUGGCUGUCUGUGGCAGCCCAUCGGGAUGUAGCAACAUCGCCUACCCCAAACUGGCCCUCGGGGUGUUACCUGUAGGUCUUCGCGGUGUCAUGUUAGCUGUUAUGUUGGCCGCUCUGAUGAGCGACCUAACCUCUAUAUUUAACAGCACCAGCACACUCUUCACCAUCGACAUCUGGAAAUAUUUCCGGGCCAAGUGCUGCAAGAAAGCUCCCAGUGUCCGCGAGCUCAUGGUGGUUGGAAGGUUGGUGGUGGUUGUCAUGACAGUAAUCAGCAUCCUGUGGAUUCCCGUCAUUCAGCGGAUGCAGGGCGGUCAGCUCUUCAUCUACAUCCAGGAGAUCUCCUCCUUCUUGGCUCCGCCCAUAGCUGCCGUCUACCUGGUGGCACUGCUCUGGCCCCGGGGAAAUGAAAAGGGUGCUUUUUGGGGGCUGGUUGUCGGUUUCAUCGUGGGUGUGAUCCGCAUGAUACUGGACUUCACCUAUCGAGCUCCGCCUUGCUGGGGGGUGGACAGGAGGCCGGCUAUUACGGCCAAAGUCCACUACAUGUACUUUGCCCUCAUACUGUUCUGGAUCACGGUCAUCGUGAAUGUGGUGGUCAGUCUGCUGACAGUACCCCCUCAAAAACAAAUGUUGAUCCGCACCACUUGGUGGACACGUUUCGAAAAGGGCAAACGCGUGGAUGACUUUGAAGAUGACAAGGAGGAGAUUGAACUAAACGAUGGUUUGCAAGUUGUCACCUCUGAAGGACAACUGGAGACCAAGAGGUCUCUUGUGCGCCGGGGCUACGAUUGGUUCUGUGGCUACGACGACACCUUUGCGGGCAGGACCAAAGCUUGUCAGCACCGGGCGCACCUGCGGGAGGUCUCGGCCCUUAAGCAGGACCCCCGGGCCAAGAUCUUCCUCAACAUCAACCUGGUGUUAAUCAUCCUGGUUGCUUCGACACUCUACGUGAUAUUCAGUAUUCCUGGACUGCUGUAGAUCGUUGAAGGAUCCAGUUACUUAAAAAUGGUCAUUUUUUUGGAAAAAGAAUUUCUUGUUAUUAAUCUGAGCAAUAUAUGACUCACUGUUCCCAAACCAGGCCGAAGGUUUCCAAGCUAUUAUAUGCAAAAUGACAUCAGUAAGCUUUUUUUUUUUCGUACCGCAUAUUUGCCCAACCCAGCCUCUUUCACUUGUGUUUAUUUCACAAUUGGCAAAUUUAAAAUGUUUUGAAAACUCCAACUUCUUGCUAAUACUUCAAAAAAUGUGAACAAUUGCGGCAAAGAUAGUCUGUGCUGGAAUCAAACCACAACUCUCCUGCCUACAAAGUGAGCUUCCUGAAAAUAUAUUUUUACUUUUCUGCAGAAAAAAUUAAGACCUGCUGUAAGUCUGUAAUAAGACCAAAUUCACUUCUGCUGUAAGUGGUUUUUUAUAUUUGUAAAGGGUAGCAGGCAUUUUGAAACAAACCCAGCUCAUAGAAUUGGCAAAUAGCCACAAGUUUAUGUUUUUCGUUACUUUUUCCUCAAUACUAUUCUAUACUUUUUCUGAUUUGAUCUCAAUUUUGAACCGGAAACUCUUUAUUAAAGAUUCUAUUCCUUUUGUGUCUUCUCAAAGAAGUUCUUUAGCUGUAAGCCUAAAUGACUGAUGCACUGAAAUCAAAUUUUAAAUUUUGGAUAGGGUUUUCAGUAACUUCUUGGCUUUUUCUUUUUUUUUGGAAGUGUCUUGCUGAGUAUGAUCCAAAAAAUAUUCUUUCAGAUUUUGUGCCGUUUGAUAUUCUCUAAUAUCCUUUUGAAAAGAGGUGAAGGCUUAAGCUUUUUUCAUGCAUAAUAUCAUUCUGAGAAUUUGUUUAUCUUUCUUAGGAAGGAGAUCUUCAGGGGUAAAGAAGUAAACAGGGGGUUUACUAAAAAACUUUACAUUAUAUUUUUGACUUUUUCUAUAUACCUCUUUGUGGUACAUUUCUCAUUUGUUGCGAUUUAUAAGAACUGUCGGCUGCAGUAAUGCACACAUUACACUGUAACACUGCAUAUUAGGGCUGUGCAAUGUAUGUUCACUGGUCGAGUGGUUGAAGAAUACCAGGAUUUAGACAGCCGUUGGUUGUGGCUUCAAAAUUCAUAAGGAUGAGCUACUCUUUCCAAGCCGGCCAGCGUAAAACUUAAAAAAAGGAGGUAGAAUGUAUUGCAGUAAAAUCAGGCUUUAGGGUUGAACCAAAAAUUUUAUUCUUUUAUUUAAUAACAAAUGACGGUGCUGUGUGAUAUUUCCAGGUUUGGAAAUGUUACGGGGAACAAGUAUUCUAACAACUAAUCUGACCUAUAUGUAAGUUGUAUACAAUCUGUUUUCCUCUUUUGAUUCAAGUAGAAAUGACUAGUAACUGCUGAAGAGCUUUUCUUCAGUUGCAUUUUGUCUUGUAGUUCCUUGUUUUGAAAAAGUAGUUUAAAGCUUGGUGUACUUAAUUUUGUAAUUUUGUGUUUUGUCUUCAUAUCAAACUUCUGCUGGUGCGUUCUCUUUGAUUUCAAUUCAUUGAUGGUUUUCAUUUCUCUAAUGUAAAAUUUGGGAAUAUAAGUCAGCGGCAUGGCGGGGGGGGCACAUGCCUGCCAUGGAAAACUGUCGUCCCCUACUUGCAUUUCGGAAAAGGUACACAUGCAUAUCCCGAUUAUGUACAUGUCUAUGUUCAACAUCCAGUCAGCCCCGCCCCCCUGGCUAUGCCGCUGAGAUAAGUGGUUUACACAAGUAUCCCCUGAAACUACAUGUCCAUUGCAACCAAUAAUGGCAGUUCUAUGAGAAGUGCUGCUGCUAGAAUGAAAUGAAGGAAAAUUCCCUCCUCCCCCCCCAAAAAAUACAAGCUUCCGUUUCUUAGAACACAGCCUGUGGGGGGUUCUGACCCAGAACCCCCCAAGACUUCCAAGCCCAACCCACUAGUCAAAGAUGUGAAGGAACUGAAACUGCAGGUUUCAUCAGGUGCGACCUCCUCACUGUCAGCGCAGAUAACCAUGAGAAACCCCAACACCAUACCAUUCGACGAGGCAAGGUGAAGGCCGCCAAACGAGGUGCAGGACAAGUCCUCUCUAAGCCACCAAUCACCUGGACAAAUGAACACCAGCCAACUCUGAACGUCAUUCUCGACCGCCUUACCAAUCCACCUGUGAUGGUAUUCCCUGACUUUUCGCUUCCUUUCAUCCUUCAUACGGAUGCGUCCAAUGAGGGGUUAGGAGCAAUCCUCUACCAGCGGCAACAGGGAAAUCUCAGGGUCAUCAGCUAUGGGUCACGAACUCUCACCCCGGCAGAGAACAACUACAACUUACAUUCAGGCAAGCUAGAAUUCCUGGUCAUGAAGUGGGCGAUAUGCGAGAAAUUCUGUGACUCCCAGUAUUACACCAAGUCUUUGACGGUUUACACUGAUAACAACCCGCUCACCUAUGUCCUCACCUCUGCCCAGUUGAAUGCUACAGGGUGGCCGAGUUGUCAGACUUCAACUUCAACAUACAUGUGAAGUACAAGCCAGGAAAAUCCAGUGUUGAUGCUGAUACACUCUCACGGUUACCCCUCGACUUGAAGAAGCCACACCCAACAAGUCUGGUAAAACAGCUGCAGAGAAAAUCGUCAACGACUUUGCCCUAAAGUUUGGAUUUCCUCGAAGGUUGCACCAUGACCAGGGCCGGGAGUUUGUAAGAACCAGUUGUUUCACUGACUUCGUCAGCUGUGUGGCAUUGAACGGUUGAGGACCACACCCUUCCAUCCAUAAGGCUACGAGCAAGUUGAAAGAUGCAGCCGAACCUUUCUGUUUAUGCCGGAAGAGCAGAAAUCUAACUGGAAGGCGUCUCUGGAUAAAGUUGUACAUGCUUACAACUUCACUUGCGAGGCAACUGGGUAUUCCCCUCUCUAUCUUAUCAGUACAACAAGAGGGUACAUGAUAUCAGCCUUCAGCCUGGGGACCGAGUUCUUGUGCGAAAUCUGAACGAGACUGGUGGUCCAGGAAAGCUAAGAUCCUAUGAGGAGAAGAAGAUACACGUUGUCAUCCGACAGAUGCAAGAUGACAUGCUGGUGUGUGAGGUGAGGUCAGAGAGCGGGAACGGCAGGAUUAGAGUCCUUCAUCAGAACCUGCUUCUCCCCUAUAAUCACUUCCCUGCAUCAGAACACGCACCAGAAUCCAUACCACCACACACUAAGAGAAGACUGCGUUCAACGAAGAAACGUGCCCACCAAUCAGGCCCAACCCAAGAUAUGAGCAGCUCUGAUGACAAGUGCUAUCGUCAAACCCAACAACCCUAUCCGCUGUUGCAGGCCACGUCAGAGGUGGAUGAUGUUGCUGUAUGCGAUGGGGGUGGGGGGGCCUGAGACCCUUGAUUGCUGGCAGGCUGAAAAGGAGAGAACACAGACGAGGUGGUUGGAAUAGGUAGUGACUGGUACAGCACUGAAGCAUACUGGACCACUCCACCCAGCCCAGAGCACCACCCCUGAUCCAGGGUCACUCCACUUUCGAGAAGGGGAUCUCACUGUCUACAGUAAGCGCAGGUGUAAUGGGCUAAACCAAGUUGAAACUCCAACAGCGAAAACAAAAGGUGGUUGGGGGUGUACCAUACAAAAGAAAGAAAACAAAAAUAAAAUGUUAAGGGAAUUACACAUUGUAAAAAAGGGAACCCCUUCUACAUGUACACCACCCAAUUACAGAGCCACAUCUACAAGAGCUUCAGCAGGAGCUAGAGGUGCAGCUGGAGGAACUUACCCCAUAAGUCAUUGAGGAGAACUCUUUGAGUCUAGACCACUGAAGGAGAGAGUACCAGCUGAAGCGGGUGAUGACUACCUCAGCUGGGACAGACACCCUCCAAAUAGUCUCACCUGCAGUCUACUUGGUGUGCCCAAUUAUCAAUGUGUCACCCCAGUGAUGACUUCAAUGACGAACCCUACCGCUGUUCCCUCUGCAAAGUGGAACGUUUUCGGUGGCCCCACCCAAGACCAAUCUUCACAUGUAACACAGCAGAUGGGAACUCCACAUCCACGACGAGUGCCAUACCCGCUUGUGAUGUACUACCCACCAGCUAACUAUCAACCCCAUCAGUAUGCAACAGGAUGGCAGCCAAUGCUGAAUGCACCAUACUACCACCAGCCAUCAGUCUGCUAAAGAGAGCAUUUUUUGAGGUUUUGUUUAUGUGUUACGUGUUUUGUUGCCUGGCCUACUAGUCGAGAAUGCAGCUAACUGCAGUAAAUUGCAUAACAUGCUUUUUUAUUGAUGGUCUUAACCAGAUUUCAGGAAUUGAGAAAGGCUGAUCACCUUUACAUAAAUUCUGCUUUUGCGCUAUACCCGUAACUUGAGGAGAUGCAUUGCGGCUCGUAGUUGGAGUGACACUUGAUUUUUUUUAAGCGUUUCAUAUACUCUUCUGUUUUAGUCUGGAAAUAUUGAGACAUUUAUUUUUCGGUAGUAGUGCCCCUGCCAGAGAAAUGAAGGAAAAUCCCCCCCCCCCCAAAUACAAGCUUCCUUUUCUUAGAACACAGCCUGCAACAACCAAUCAGCUGAGGGAUGACUAGUUACCAUGGUCACUCCCUUCUGAUUGGCUAAGACACCCAGCCAGCAGGAAGUGCACUCACCCCUUUGUUCGCCUUGGCCGUGUCUCAAGUCAUUCCUCGUUGAGCAACCGACGAUGAAACAUCAAACGCUCUAUGCAACCACAUUCAUAUCUGCAUAAUCUUUGCUCGUUUUACAGCUUUCAACCAACCCCUCGGGCUGGCUUACAUGUAGUUUAUAACGUUACUGUAGGCAUGAAAUUAUCUUAGUUUCUAAAGAAUCUAUUCGUUUAUAUAUUUUUUGGAGCCAAUUACGUUCAGAAUUGGAUUUCGCUUUAUGAUGGGAGCUUGCUUUUUUACACUGACCUGAAUCCAAAGAAAAUUGAAUUGAAUCCAAAAGAAGAGUUCCGUGGAAGAAUGGAUGAAUUUAAUGGGCUGCAUUUUAUGUCAAAUAACAUUUAAAUUGUCUUACAAGUAUUUUAAAGGAUCUGUGUAAUGCUUUUUUAUUAUUAGACUCACUGUUUGUGAAUUGUUAUACUGUAUUCAAUCUUUGAAAACUGUUUGACAUCCUUUUGGAGUUAUGUGUAAUGAAAUAACACUUUUUAAAAAUUAAAAAUUGUUCGAGCUGUUUUGGACAAGUAAGGGUGCUGUUGCUGUAAGGUUAAUCAGAAAGGUUCAAAUUUUGAACCCCAACUUUGAUUUUUGCAUGCCAGAGAAAUGGAAAAUUACUACAUGUACAGUGACAUAUCAGAAUCUGAGGUGUUCCUUUUAUCACAAUCACUUUUACAUAGAGGUUGACAUCACCGGUUUGCUCUUGAAUGUUAAAGCGAACCGUGAUCAUAAAAUCAAACAAAACCCUAAAAGGAGGCUAUUCCAAACACUAUGGUGUAAU